CUGAGUCCUUCUCGGUCCAAGGGGGUCCAGCUCCCACCCGUCCUGAAGCAGGCCUCAUGUGGGUGCUGGCGCUAGGUGGGGUUUUCCUGGCCGUCGGCGAGGCCUGCAUCUUCUGUCGUCUCCCAGCUCAUGCCCUGCCAAGCCGCCUGGCUCAGCUCAGCAGCCAGGCAGAGUGGAAGGAAUGGGCUCCCCCAGACUUCUCAGCCUUUGCCCUAGAUGAGGAGACCAUGAGAAAAAUCACAGAGAAAACUCACCGAGUCCUGAGGGUCAUGGAGAUAAAAAGAUCCUUCUCCUCGCUCCCUUCGUAUUGGCAAUGGCUUCAGAAGACCAAGAUCCCCCAGUACACCCGGGAAGCUCUCUGUGCUCCCGCCUGCCGGGGCAGCACCAUCCUGUACAACUGCUCCACCUGCGAGGGCGCGGAGGCGACCUGCUGGCCCCGCAAGCGCUGCUUCCCAGGCAGCCACGAUCUGUGGGAAGCUAGGAUUCUGCUCGUGUGCUUCUUCGUGACCGUCCUGCUUUUGGGUGCUGUGAGCCUCCAGCUGGAGUACCGGCGCCUGCAGGCAAAGGAUUUGUGAAGAUGCGGACGGCUUUCUCACCCCGGCUCUAAGGAACUGGCGCCCACAGUUUCCACAUCCCUUAGGAUGGGAACCACGUUUUAGCCCCAGCCCCGAACCCUCAGACUUCUGCAGUCGGUGUCCCCGUCAGAUGGCCGCCAGGAACCCAGGCGCCCACAGCUGGAAGGCCCCGCCCCGCCUGCGCCCCACCAAUCACACAGCAGAGCACGCUGCCAGGAAAUUAUCUACAGAAGGAAAGAAUCUCCUUCCACCCCCACCCCACACCCCCCUGUCCGUUCCCGGAAAGACUGUUGGCCUGUGGCUGUUGCUCUGGGCCCUCCAGUGACUGAGCGGGAGUCCGGGAAUGAGAGUUCUGGAGAACUCUGUCCCUCUGGGGCAGGACCACAUCAGUCAGCCCGCUGGCACGCAGCCCCUCCAUUGUGUUCGUAUGGUGCAGCCCGGGGCCUCCCCUCCCGCUGCGCCCGAGUAAAUCUGCUGCUUGCUGCCUUCCAGCCCGGCUUGGCUCUGCCUGCAACUUGGGCAAGCCGAUGAGAUGGGGAUUCUUAGGAAUUCUAACCCGGGUGCUCCCCCACAGGUGUUCCGCAGUGUCUGGAGACAGGUUUGUUUUGGUUGGAGGGAUGUUACUGGCGUCUGGGGGGUGCAGACCAAGGCCGCUCGCUAAACAUCCUGGGAUAUACAGGAAAAUCCUGCCCUAAUGUCAACAGCUUAUGAUGGAGGAACGCUGGCGCCCCCUGUACCAGGGGCUUGGGGUAGGGUGACAGGACAUAGAAAAUGAAGAGAGGCCUGUCCCAGCCCAGACGGGAUCCCAAGCUUCACUGGGUUUUCGGACCGGGUGCCCACAGGGCAAGUGAUGUCUGUCAGUCACCUGGGCAGCUUGGCAACAGCUCAUGCUUAUGCCCCUCCCCCUCCGUGUGCGUGAAGUGGUCCCGCAGGAAGCCUUGGUUGGUAUGAGCUACAGUCAGGUUAGAACCACUGCGUCACCAUUCUUUCCCUCUUGGGUUUUCCUUCCUUCCUUCCUUCCUUCCUUCCUUCCUUCCUUCCUUC